AUGUCCUGCAAAGGUCUUGCCUACGGCGCCAUACUAUUCAUGCUCGCGCUGCUCACACAUGGCGAAACCCAAACUCCUCUCUCCAACGAAUUCGAAUGUGUGCAUCCGCCGUAUAAAGUUUAUGUCGCCAGCAAAUCCCCACUGGUGAUGUACCUCGAGGGCUUCAUUACACCCGAAGAACGAAGACAUCUCCUAGAGUUGGCCAACGGCACCUUCAAGCACUCACACGUAACCAGCGACUCCUCGCAGACAAUCCACGCCGUCCGCACCUCCCAGUCGACAUCGGUCCGCCGCUCCCCCACGGUCCGUUGCAUCGAACGCCGCGCGCUUGACCUCCAAGGCCUUGACGUGCCUGUCUCCAACGUGGAACCCAUCCAGCUUGUGAAAUACGCGCCCACGGAGCGAUAUCACUUCCACACGGAUUGGUUCACGGACGCCCAGCAUGCCGUUGCUUCGCUGGGCGGCAACAGAGCCUCCUCCAUCUUUGGAUACAUCAAAGCGGAGGGUGUGGUUGGUGGCGGGACGAACUUCCCAUUCCUGGAUGCCAAGAGCGGUGAGUGGUGCAAAUUUGUAGAUUGCGACGAGGAGUACGAGAAGGGCGUGACGUUUAGACCGGUGGAGGGCAAUGCGGUGUUUUGGGAGAAUAUGGUUUCUGGGAGGGGGGAUGAGCGGGUUUUGCACGCUGGUUUGCCGGUGGUGCGGGGGGAGAAGGUCGGGAUGAAUAUUUGGGUUCGGGAGGGAAAGGUGCCGGAUGAGCUGAGGGGAUUGUGA